CUCCACUUAGUGCAUUCUAGUGGGUAUAUACAAAAGCAUGGCGGCUGCUCUGAAGGCACGACGAUACCAAAAUUGUGUGCUUCGUUAUAAUUCCGACCGAGAGUGCAUCGCUUGAGCACUGACAUCGAAAAUUAUUCAGUAUGGACAAUCAGCAGCCCCCUGCGCAGUGCGGCAGUCUUCAAAGUGGUGUGGACGAUGCUGAAGAAGACGGCAACGAGGAGCCAUCAUCCCACGCCUCUGACAAGGAGCUACAUCUGAUUGAAAAAGCAAAGCAAAUUUACCUGAAAGGAGUAUCUGCUGAGAGAUCUGGACGAAUGCAUGAUGCCAUCUCACACUACAGGAGAGCUUUACAAAUUGUCCCAGACAUUGAGUUUCGUUUGGCAAGCAGCAGUAUAUGGUCUGUUGAUGAGGAAAGCAAUGGCUCAGAAACAGAUUGUGAAGACAAUGACUCAUCAUGUGGCAAUGACAACACUGCGUCCCUUCAUCAACGCAUCAAAAUGAAAACUCCACCUGCAAACAUCUGCUCUGUGGCCUUGGAACAAAAGGCUACACACAUCUCGGACCUUCCUCGAGAAGUCUUUAUGUUUAUACUGCGAUGGGUGGUCUCUUCAGACUUGGACAUUCUAUCACUUGAAGCUGUCUCAAAGGUCUGUCGUGGCUUCUACCUCUGUGCAAGGGACCCUGAGCUUUGGCACACAGCUUGUGUAAGGACAUGGGGUGAAGAUUGUGGUCAGUUGAACCAAUAUGACUCAUGGAGAGAAAUGUACAUCUGCCGGCCUCGGAUCUGUUACAAUGGUGUUUAUAUCAACCGAACCACAUAUGUGAGGCAUGGCGAGUCGUCGUUCCAAGACUCAAGCUAUCGUCCAUGCUUUCUGGUGGAGUACUUUCGGUACCUCCGUUUCUUUCCUGAUGGAGUGGUACUAAUGCUGACCACACCCGACAACCCGUACGUCUCCCUGGGGAAACUACGGUCUCGUCGACCAGCCUACACCUCUGUGCUACGAGGAAGCUUCUGGCUUGAAGGCACCAGGGUGAAGGCAGUGUUGAAAAAGCCUGCUAUGAAGACACCGCGAAACACUGGCUACUGGCGAGGCGUCAGGCACAGCAUGGAACCACAGCCAGAUCAAGUAUUUCACCUGGAGCUGGAGCUGAGAAGCGUGCGAGGUCGUGCAAAUGCACAGCUGGUGUGGAAGAGCUAUGCCAUCCACAGCUACUGGCUGGGCCAGGAGUCAGUGGCUACAUUUGACUUGACAACCAAUGCUUUUCCGCCACUGUGGUUUUCAAGAGUCAAGAGCUUUACUAAUGUUGCAGAGUCCCCACUGUGAUUACAUACGAGCCCUGAAGGAGUGCAACAUGUGCUAUGUUACAGUUCGGACAUGUAGGCACGCACCCGUUUCUUGUGAUGUUCUCUUUGUCAAAGUAUGUUUGUCUCAGUCAUUUUACAAAUGUGGUGAGAGGCUGUUUCUUUUUUUUCCCCCCCAAGGACUUGAAGACUGGGCGAUAAGAAUUGAGUCAUAUUAGUGUUACAAAGGGAAUGUUGUGGGUGUAAUAAAGAUUCUACUUGUCAGA